AUGACAGCCACACAAGCAAUCAAAACCCGCAUCUGCAUGAUCUCAGAUACACACACCUGCAGCCCCAACCCACCAACAAACACCUCAAAUGCAUACCGCUACCCUCUCCCCAAAGCCGACGUCCUCCUCCACGCCGGCGACCUCACAAAGGUGGGCUACAAGGCCGAACACGAGCAAAUGGUCGCCAUGCUCAAAGACGCAGACGCCGAACUUAAGAUCGUCAUUCCCGGUAACCACGACAUCACCCUCGACGAGGACUACUACACCCGACUAGGCCAUCUCCGCCAUCAUCGCCGGAUAGACCAUACCGCCCCCUCUGCAGCAACCCGCUGGACAGAACCAGACCCAACCCAAUCGGAGGACAUACACGCCAUAAAAGCCAUGUAUACCGACUCGGCCGCCCGAGACGCAGGAAUCAGAUACAUGGAAGAAGACAUCGAGACCUUCACCUUAUCCAACGGAGCGCAGUUCACCAUCUACGCCUCCGCUUACCAGCCAGAGUUCUGCCAGUGGGCGUUCGCCUACGAUCGAUCCAUCGAUCGAUUCAACAUGCCCGACCAUCCUUCUUCUUUCUCCUCCUUCACGCCAUCAACCCCCGUCCCGGAUAAUCGCCGUAUCGACAUCAUGCUAACCCACGGUCCUCCGCAUGGGAUUCUCGACCGCGUAGUCCCCAGCGGCGACAACGUAGGCUGCGAGCAUCUCCUCAAAGCCAGCGCCCGCGCUCGACCGAAACUCCACGUCUUCGGACACAUCCAUGAAGGAUACGGUGCGCGACGAAUGGAUUGGUCGACGCUAGACUGUUCUGCCAUCCGAUGUGAUCCUGAGACGGUGCUGGAGGAUCGAUGCGCCUACUACGAUGUUAGCUCGGAGGGAGCAAGACCGCUCAAGCCAUGCAAGGAGACUUUGUUCGUGAAUGCGAGCGUGGUUGAUAUCAAGUAUAACCCUAUUAAUGCGCCUUGGUUGGUUGACUUGGAUCUUCCGGUUGCUGGUGCUUCGUAA